UUUCGAGCAGGGACGAUCGCUAUUCUCAUAAUCGCGUUUCUGCAAAAUGCUGCGGCUAAGGACAGACCGCACAGUAUUGGAAAGUAUCAUGGUGCGGUUGCUACAGACGAUGGACGGUGUUCUAAAAUAGGAAUGAAAAUUCUUCGUCAAGAGGAAACGCUAUUGAUGCGUCUGUGGCCGCUGCUCUCUGUUUGGGCGUUGUGAGUCCUGCGUGGUAUAGGCGGUGGAGCGUUUAUAGUGGUUAAGAUGGCUGGUGGGAAGGAAGUGGCUUAUGAUUCUAGAGAAACUGCUCCUCUCCGUGCCACUGAGAAUAUGUAUGGAGGCAAUCUUGAUCUAAAAAAGAAAGGAGCGUUAUCAGUAGGAGUUCCCGGGGAAGUUGCUGGUCUAUUCACGGCUUGGAAACAUCAUGGAAAGCUACCUUGGAAGCAGUUAGUUAGUCCCGCAAAGGAACUCGCAGCUAGAGGUUUCAAAAUUACAAAGUAUCUCUAUAUGCAAAUGAACGCAACCAGGGACCAUAUCCUAGCAGACAAAGGUCUCUCCGAACUGUUUGUUUCAAACGGAGAGCUCAAGAAACCAGGAACACUUUGCCGGAACCCAAAAAUGGCUUUAACUUUGAGUCAAAUUGCAAAGUAUUGGAUAAUAGAUAUUGGUUUAUUACGGUUUAGUGUUAACCGUAUGGUUUAA